ACGCCCUUUCUAAAGCUAAGGACCCAUCGAGCAGCGCAUCAGUGGAGCCUGGACCCUCGUCUGAGCUGACGUGUGAGGAGAAGAUGCCGUCAGGUGACAGUGAUGAGACCGACAGCAGGAAGGUGAAGGUGGAGCCAAACCUGGACAUCGCUUCAGAGGACUCAAGCUUCGACUUCUCAGACUACGGUGGAGACGAAGAUGAUGACGAGGUGGACAUCGAGUCCGUAGAGGAAGGGAGACAAGGACAGGCCAUCAGUCAAAUGAAAGAAGCCGUCAGGAGGGCGCUAAAGGAUUCACGAGACUCCAGUGACGGUUUUGGAUCAGCGAGGGAACUCGACGGACAGGAUCACAUGGACGAUUACCUCGAUGAUUGUAAGGAUAACAGGAGGCGAAGGAACCACACGGUGCUAGAAAGGCAAAGACGCACUGAACAGCGAGCCCUGUUCGACAAACUUCAGCAUGUCCUUCAGAGCGACCCCAGGGCCCCCAGACUCCGCCUUCUCUCUCUGGCUUUAAAAGAAAUCCAAAAUCUUGUUGAGACCUCAAAAAAACUGGAGGAGCAGAAGAAGAGGCUGACUUUGAUGCAAUCUCUUUAUGUGAAGCAGCUUUCUCUUCUGUCUGGGAAGUCAGAAAUACUGAUCAAACACAAGCUGAAGGAGAUCUGCGAGAGGCAGAAAAUAAGAGAGAAGAACAUGAAAUGGAAACCUUUUCUUUUCAAAUCUGCUCCAGUCCAGAGCCGCUCAUCUGCAAGCCACUAACCCCCAGUCAAAGUCCACAGCCCUGUUACAGCAUGACUUUGACUCCUCUCAGGCUAACGCAGUCACAAAAGCAGUCCAAGACAAGAUUAUGUCCCUGCUUCAGGCUAACCUGCAAAGGCUUCCUGCCAAAUCCAGCAUGCAGACACCCAUGCCUCAAGCAUUCCCCUUUCCAGUCCAGGUGAAGUUCACUUCACCCCUUCUACAAGCCAGGCAACCUCAGACAAAUGUAACUCUUCCUCAGGCAAAUGUAACUCCUGUUGAGGGCCGGCAGGAGAGAUCUGCUGCCCGGUCCAGGUCUAUGUGCCCAUUUCCCAAAUGCAGAGGACAGUUUCGGCUCCCCAAACGCAGACCUCCGUCGCAGCUCCCCAAACGCAGAGCCCAGUAGCAGCUCCCCAAACAGAGAGCCCAGUAGCAGCUCCCCAAACGCAGAGCUCAGUUGUUGCUCCCCAAACUGAGAGCACACCCAUGGCUUCCCAAACUGAGAGCACACCCACGGCUUCCCAAACUGAGAGCACACCCACGGUUUCCCAAACUGAGAGCACACCCACAGCCUCACAAACAGAGAGCACAGUCACAUCUUCCCAACCGGAGAACACAGUCACAGUAAACUUGCAAUCGCUGCAGCCCAGGAUGGAGCCCCACCUACAUCCUCAAUGCCAAACUCCUGGAAGCCUCCCGUUCAUCCUCCACAGCCCUUUUCUCUUCCUCUGAUUCGCUCCAAGACCGGCAGAAUCAUACUUCCCUCAUCCCUGAGACCACUUGGUCAUGGCUUCUAUACACUCACGGUGAUGGAGCCCAAGCUGAAAGGACAGGAGGGUAAGAUUAUUGCAUCGCCGAUUAUUUCAUCUUCUGAUGCGGACUCGUCCAAGAACAAAGACAAGAGCUCCUCUGAAAAUGACCACCCGAAAGAUCCAGAAAGCAGUCACAAUUUGGAGGACAACAAAAAUGUAAAAUCCUCAAACUCUAAACCAAAGCGCUCAGGUGUCAGCCCCCUGGCUGAGCUCGCCCUCCUUAACAAAUCAAUCUACCUGCCUUCGGUGUCUCUGCCAGCUGUGGAGAGCAGCCACGAGGGGGGCACAGUGGUGGAUGUAAACAAAACGCCGGCAACUGCCUGCUUGAGUGUGAAGCGAAUGAAACAGGUUCCUGCUCCUGUUGAGUCUGAUCAGAGCCCUCCUGUAGUCCGCCGUGGCAGAGGCAGGCCUCGAAAGAACGCUGUUACCCCCGUUACCGAGAAUAAAAAGAGUACUGUGGAAGAAGACACAAGUAAAAGCGUCAGUGAAAGUGAAUCAUCUUUUGUGGUUGAAGAGAGUGAAAAAAUAACUGUCAAGACAACAAGUAAUGACUCGCCCAGAGUGGUCAGUGAUACUCCAGUGCCGGUCAAACGAGGCAGAGGAAGACCUCCGAAAAACAAGUCUGCAGAUCUAUGGAGUCCUCCAGGUGCGCGAGCAAGAAGUCCACCUAAAUCUGGUGAGGUUAGCCCCAUCAGAUUCCCUCACCGUUACAAAAGCCCUAAAGAAGGGACGGGGGAUUUAUCCUCGUCCAGGCCGUUAACCCGAGGUGCUUUAGGAAAGGACUUCCCCAGCGCCAAGAAACGCUCCUGGAUAGACGUGGAAAAGGAACUAGAACCGGAGAUUGAAUCUGAAUAGUUGUCGUUAUUUUCCUGUAGCUGCAAAAGCCAAUGCACACAGACAGUUGACCUCAGUAAAGUCGAUUUAUGGUCGGGCGUUUGACACUUUGAAGAUUGUCAUUCGAUAGAGAUUAAGGAGCAGCACGACACUUUCAACUUACGCUGCGGGAAAAAAGCUUCAGUUGUCUACAUUGUAUUCAGAGACCCAAUGCAUAUUUUUAAAGUCUAUUUCUGUUGUAUUUAUGGAAGCAUAAUCUGCACAGACGGCUGUUUAAAAUGACAAAAAUAUCCUGCUCAAAUAGUCAUUUGUUUAUGGCGGCCC